AUGGGUAGCCUUCCACUGGACGACGCCCUUUUCUCCCUAAACCCGGAUACAUUCGCCGAGGAAUCGACCGCCGUGGUCGACUUCCUCGCCCGCUACUACCGCGACAUCGAGCGGUACCCGGUCAUGGCCCUCGACGCCAAGCCAGGGUCCAUCCGCAAGGUUUUCCCCGACGCGGCGCCCGAGACGGGCGAGUCCAUGGACAGAAUCCUUGACGACGUGCAGCGGGACGUCCUCCCGGGGCUGACGCACUGGCAGAGCCCCAGCUUCUUCGCCUACUUCCAAGCGAACGCGAGCGGCGCGGGGUUCGCCGGCGAGAUGCUGUCGACCGGCCUCAACGUCGUGCCAUUCAUGUGGAAGGCGUCGCCCGUGGCCACCGAGCUGGAGCAGGUCGUGGUGGAUUGGAUGGCCGGGCUCCUCGGACUGCCGGAGCUAUUCUGCUUCGCGGGAGGCGGCGGCGGCGUGCUGCACGGGAGCACGUGCGAGGCCGUGGUGUGCACCCUUGCCGCUGCGCGCGACCGUGCGAUCAGCAGGCUCGGCCAUGCUGCCAUCCUUAGGAUGGUCGUAUACUCCUCCGACCAGACCCACGCCACCUUCCAGAAGGGUGCCAGGAUCGUCGGCAUCCCUCCGGCGAACUUCCGUGUCCUGCACACGACGGCGGAGUCCGGGUACGGCCUGAGUGCGGACACUGUCCGAGCAGCGGUCGAGGAGGACGUCGCCCGUGGACUGGUUCCUCUGUACCUGUGCGCUACCGUCGGCACGACUGGUCUCGGCGCCAUUGACCCAGUCCGCGAGCUCGGUCAGGUGGCGCGCUGUUAUGGAAUGUGGCUGCACAUCGACGCCGCGUACGCCGGCAGCGCGGCGAUUUGCCCAGAGUUCAGGUGUCACCUCGAUGGCGCCGAGCUCGCGGACUCGGUGAGCAUGAACCCACACAAGUGGUUCCUCACCAACAUGGACUGCUGCUGCCUCUGGGUGGCAGACCCGACCGCCCUCACCAGCGCACUGUCCACUGACCCGGAGUACCUCAAGAACGUCGGCAGCGGCGGUGAUGUGUCACCCAUCGACUACAAGGACUGGCAGAUCGCACUGUCACGACGCUUCCGUGCCAUCAAGCUCUGGGUGGUGCUGCGGCGCUAUGGAGCGGCGGGCAUGCGCAACUACAUCCGGAGGCAUGUUCGGAUGGCCGAGUGGUUCGAGCUCGCAGUGGUGGCGGACGAGCGCUUCGAAGUCGUGGUGCCGAGGAACUUCUCGCUGGUGUGCUUCCGUCUCCGCCCGCGGCUCGGGAUCGAUGAUGACGAGGUGGAUGGUCUGAACCGCCAGCUCCUUGCUGCUGUGAAUGCGAGCGGGCGGGCGUUCAUGACGCACUUCGUCAUGGACGGCAAGUUCGUCAUCCGGCUCGCCGUUGGUGGGGCCAUGACCGAGAUGCGCCAUGUCCGGGACGUGUGGGAGCUUCUCAAGGAGAAGGCUAAUGAAUUGGUUGGGGGCUCAUAA